CCGAGCUACACGUGCCAAGACGCAAGAGUAACAAUUCAGCUCAUGCCUCUCUACUGUAAUGUUGCAGCAGAUACUGUUAUGUGAGUGAUAAACAACGCCCCACAGAUAAUGAUCUGAAUUGUUUCAAGAUGUCGGAAGAAAUAGCUCUAACAACUGACAAUGGUUCAGAAAGUCCAUGUGUUUUAUGUUGGGAGACUGCAAGUUGGAUGCAGUUGAAAGCAUAUAAACAUGGUGUAUGCCCAAGAAAAUGUUUGACAUUGUUUUCUCAAAGUUACAUUCUAGCAGCCCAAAUCAACAAACCUUUCUUACAUGUAUGGGAUAUCAGCAAGGAACAAAUGCAUUGCAAAAUUAUGUGUCCAGCCACUCCAACAGCAUUGGCUGUCUCUCCCAAUGGAUUGUUUUGUGCAGUAGCUUGUUCUGAGAUAAUCUAUAUCUGGCAGGUUGGAACUGGUAACCUGUUAUGUACUUUAUCAAAGCAUUUUCAACCAAUCACAUGCCUAAAUUUCACAGAUGAUAGCUCAUAUCUUAUCUCAGGGGCUGAUGACAAUUUAGUCUCAGUAUGGCCCUUGGUAAGAGUGUUGUCACAUUCUCGUGGUUUUGAAGUUGAAACUAUAACACCCAAAUACACCUGGUCAAGUCACUCUUUGCCAAUCACAUCAAUUCAUGUUGGUUGUGGUGGAAAAUAUUCAAGAGUUGCAACCUCAUCUUUGGAUCACACUUGCAAGCUUUGGGAUCUCUCUACUGGUCAUCUGCUACGUUCAUUCAUUUAUGAUGUUGCAAUUAUAUCUGUUGUCAUGGAUGCGGCUGAAUACAGACUGUUUGCAGGAGGGAUGGAUGGGAAAAUAUACUCUGUUUGUUUAUUCUCUCAGACAAUGGAAAGAGAAAAUUUAGAUGAACACACUGGUGCACAAUGUUAUGUUGGUCACAGCUUGCAAGUUAAUAGUCUGUCAUUGUCAAUGGAUGGCUCUACAUUAUUGUCAGGAUCAAAAGACUGUACUGCUAGAGUUUGGGAUGUCUCAAGUAAACAAUGUUUAAGAGUCUUAGAACACAAAGGUAGCGUGGAAAACGUACGAAUCUAUCCCCAUUUUCAAAAUUUUGACAUCAAACGCUCUAAACCAUCAUUACCAGUUCUUGGAACUUUCAAGAGAAGUCUUCACGACUUUUCCUCGCAAGAGGAAAAAGUUCCUAUCAAAAUUUUUGAGAGAAAGAAUGGGCAUGAAAAACAAGCAUCUCGCGAUCAUUUAUUAGAGUGCGUAUUGAGAGAGAAUUGUGAUGAUGAGUUGUGUGGUGAUGAGAAAGUACUCAAUAAAACUGAAUUGAAUGAACAGCUGAAGGACUCCAAACAACUGAAUCAAGCUCUUUACAAGUUUGCAGUAGAGGAAUUGCUUUCCGAAGUGCGAGAACAAUCACAAUAAUCAAUCGAAGAAAGUACGUUGGGUUUGUUUUAAUAGAUUGUGAUGCAAUGUGAUGAGUAAUCUUCCAAAACCUGGUCAGCACGAUGUCCCUGAAACACAUCGAGAGCUGAAAACCAACCACAAUGGCAAAAACAACGGAAUAUCUUUAUAUACGGUCGAAAUAAACAACAGUUAAGAUGCAACUUUU